AUGGCGCCCAAGCCCAACCCAGCUAGGCCCGACACCAAUCCCGUCCACGGCCAAACAGUUGAGGACAAGCCUGCCAACCCUACUCCGGUGGCUUCCUCGUCUGGUCCCUCCGCACGCGAGCGACUCGCCUCGCUAGCCUCUCACCUCUUGCCUGGCGGCAACACCGAGUUCGACUAUGUAAUUGUCGGUGGUGGUACAGCUGGUGCUGUGCUGGCUAACCGUCUGACCGAAGACCGCAACGUUUCUGUCGCCGUGAUCGAAGGCGGUCCCACCGAUGUCGGAAACGAUAUGGUGCUCGACCUCAGGCGUUGGCUCGAGAUGCUCGGCUCUGAUCUCGACUACGACUACCCCACCGUGCCCCAACCUCGAGGAAACUCGUUCAUCCGUCACUCUCGUGCGCGCGUUCUGGGCGGUUGCUCAUCCCACAACACGCUCAUCUCCUUCCGUCCCUUCAACGAGGACCUGGAUGACUGGGCCAACAACUACGCUUGCCCCUCGUGGUCUGCAAGCACUGUUCAGCCAUACGGCGAUCGACUCAAGAUGAACAUUGUUCCCGUGGCGCCUCAGCAGCGAAACCAGGUGGCACGUGAUUGGGUGCUCGCCUCAUCCCGAGCAACCGGUGCUCCUGUGUUGGAAGAUCUCAACGCACACAUUGUUCACCGUGGCGGAUUCCAGAAAGCGGUUGGAUUCUUUGAUAUCGCCUACGAUCCGUAUUCGGGUCAGAGAAGCAGUGCUUCGGUCGCCUACCUGCACCCGAUCAUGCCUCAUGGUCCGUACAAGCGUCACAAUCUGCACCUUUUCUUGGAGACGUGGGCCAACACGCUCGAGUACGCUUCGGAUGACAGUAGCAAGGUGACUGGUGUCAAAGUGACCACCAAGCAUGGAUUGAGCAAGACGCUUACCGCGCGUAAGGAGGUGAUUCUGUGUGCGGGUGCCAUCGACACGCCACGUCUUCUGCUGCACUCGGGUGUUGGUCCACGCAAGGAUCUCGAGGCGCUUGGUCUGACUUGCAAGCACGACGUUCCUGGUGUCGGGCUCAACCUGACGGAUCAUCCCGAGUCAAUUGUCAUGUGGGAGACACGAGACACGCCGCCCGAGACAGUCAUGUCGUCCGAUGCGGGUCUCUUCCUGCGAGUGCUGCCUUCUGAUGCCGAGCCCAACGCGCACCCUGGACCGGAUCUCAUGUUCCAUAUCUACCAGGUACCGUUUGCCGACAACACGGAACGUGUUGGUUACGAGCGACCCAAACACGCCAUCUGCAUGACGCCCAACAUCUGCCGUUCACAAGCGCGCGGUAAGGUGUCACUCGCCUCUGCCAACCCCAAGGACAAACCAUUGCUGGAUUUCAAAUACUUUGAAGACAAGGACAACUACGACGAACGCAUCCUGAUCGAAGGCGUCAAAUGGGCGCGAAAGAUUGCUGAGCAAUCGCCGUUCAAAGAGCAUCUGGUCAAGGAGGUCGCUCCAGGCCCCAAGAUCCAGUCAGAUAAGGAUAUCGGAGAGUACGCUCGGAAGGUCGCUCACACCGUGUAUCAUCCGGCGGGCACGUGCAGGAUGGGAACGCCCAGCGCCGCACAUGGUGGCAACGGAAAGGACGAUACCGUCGUGGUCGACGAAAAGGAUCUCAGGGUGGUAGGCCUCAAGGGCGUCAGGGUCUGCGACGCAAGCGUACUGCCGACGCUCCCAACCAUCAACCCUAUGCUGACCAUCUUGAUGGUCGCUGAACGAGCCGCUGAGUUGAUCAGGGACGAUGCUUGGUUCAACGGCUUGAGAAAGACCAAGUACCACUCGUAG